GCCAUUUACAUAAAGUAUCUAUUCAUUGAAUGGCUUCAUUUAUGAUGUAAAUCACUAUGAGUGAGAAUGGUUGGACAAAGGGUGUGUAUGGUUUUGUCGUUGGUAUUGUAGCUGGAGCUGGUAGUGUAAUUGUUAGUUUGAAAGUGAUCACUAUUUUGAAGAAACGAAGAACUUACAAAAAGAGCAAAAGGGAAGCUUAUCCAUUGCCUAGUAGACUGGAACAUACUUCCUUAUACCGUUCCCCAGAUCCCCGUCGUGAUGGUGAAACCGCGUACAACUUUGAUCAUUUGAACACUCACAUGACACCUGACACUCGCAAUAGUAGGAGAGAACAGUCGACGACAGUUGGAAUUUCUGAUCAAGACGAACAAGAAGUUAAUACGUCAAUGAUGGAAGAAAUCAAAGAUUGCGACCCAGAUAAUAAGAAAGAGUCAGAAACACUGCUUAACUUACUAUACAGCAUUGGCGAAUCUCAGUCGAAAAGAGACUACAUCGUGCAUCGCGGAAUCAGCUGUAAUAUAUGUAACUCUAAUCCUCUAACAGGCGUGCGAUUCAAAUGCGCAAAUUGCGUUGAUUACGAUAUCUGCUCUCGUUGCGAACCGUCGUGCGAUCACGACUUGACGCAUUUGUUUCUAAAAAUUAUUAUUCCUAUCCCACCGCUGGCAAACCCAAGAACGUCCCUGUUACCUGUCUUCUAUCCAGGUAAAAAAUCGGUCGAAAAAAAUCUACCUUGGCAAGAAGCACUUCAGUUGCGGGAAAAAACACAUUUCGAUGCAACCUAUAUCGAAGUGUUAUACGAACAAUUUAAAUCGCUUUGUUCUCAUGAGAAGGGUAUCACAAAAGAUGUUUUUCACGUUUGUCUUGGACCGUUAACUUCAAAGAGAAAUUUAGUUGUGGAGCAACUGUUUCGAUUUUAUGAUAGUGAUGGAGACGGAUUUAUAAACUUCGAUGAUUUUGUUCAUGGAAUGUCUAUCAUGGCAAAAGGAAUGAAAUCUGAGAGAAUUAAAUAUGUUUUUAAAGGUUACGAUCUCGACGAUGAUGGCUAUAUUUCAAAAGAUGACUUUCAACACAUAAUGAAAGCGUAUCACCAGUUGAGUAUGGAAUUAGUGCGCGAUGUUGUUCGUUCCUGCGAAGAAGAAAUGAUGGCGUCCUAUGACGAUUCUGGUAACCGUCCCAUAUCAGCCGUAUUCAACGCGCCAAUACCGGAGACUGGAAACAACAAUACUGCGUCUAGUAUUUGGAGCAGAAAAAUGCGCAACUCCAGUUCUGAAGAAGUGGAUAAAGGAACAACAUUUCACAGUAAACCACGAAGCAAUAAGAACCUGAGAACGCACGACCGCUUGUCCGCAGUCGAAGCUAUGACGCAAGAUGCGAUCACUGAGUUGGUUGAUCAAAUCAUGCGCAAUGCCGACUUAGACAUGGAUGGAAAGUUGUCUGAGCGGGAGUUUUAUGAUUAUGUUUUGACCGAUACCUCUUUGUUAGCAUGGUUCGAAGCCAUUGAUACUGUGUUUUAAAACUUAGGCCAAGCCGUCCUUUAUAUAAACAGUAUAGCAAAAAAAUUUACAGUUUGGAUUCUACAUUUUUUUAUUCUUGGUACUGGUUUAAAAAAAUCUAUAGUGUAAAAUGAUGAUGCUGGUUAAAAAGUUUGUUCCGAAUGCAUAAUAUAUUGUUGUGUCAA